CAACAGCUUGUUCUGAAUAUGCACGUUAAAACCUAUGACCUGACCUGACCUGAACACCCAGGCCAUAUAUUCUCAGUCUAGAGCUCGCCACAUUAAGACGUCUUUGUUUCGCCUAUGCACACCAGUCCUGUAGCAGAUCAAAAUGUCCCAACUACCCAAGAUGUUCCACUCCCUCAACCAUUUAAUGUAAUGAUUGCUCAAUCAGGUCUUCUAACGUCAGUAUACAACAGUUUUCUUUUUCAUCUUUUUUUUCUUUUUCCUCAGGAAACAAAUAUGAUUUGGCUGUUGUACAUGGUUUGUGUGAUCCUACUUAACUCGCGCUGCACCGCAUCAACGUCAUCCACCGGCCUUGACUGUCCCCACGUCUGUACCUGCCGUGGAUCCACAGCCGUCUGUGGAGAGAAAGACUUUGGUUUGACGGAAAUACCGAGUCUACCGGAGAACAUCAGACGUUUCAUCUUCUUAAACGGCAACAUACCACUCGUAAACAGGAAGGUGUUGUCUCCAGUUUCAAAAUGUCGCCUCCUUUCCAUGACUCUACGCUCUGAUAACAUCACUCGGCUGUCCAGCGACGCAUUCACGGACUUCACCGUGCUUCAGAAACUCGACCUUUCGGGAAAUCGGAUACCGGCGAACAUGCUGAGAGACGCGUUUCGGGCUCUUAGCAACCGGUUGCAGUCGAUUGUCCUCAGAAGAAUGGGUAUAGCUGCUCUUCCUCGAGAUAUGUUUCUAGAUCUGAAAGACCACAUCGUGCAUAUUGAUCUCAGCGACAACAUUCUGGAGCACGUGUUUGAUAAUGACUCUCUUCUGCAAGGGCUGUCAGUAUUAAAUCAGCUGAACAUCAGCUACAAUAGCAUCACAUUCUUUUCGAGCAGCAACGUGAAUCUUAGAGGUUUGCAUCUCAGCAGCAAUCGGCUGACGGAAAUACCCGAUUUCUGUUUGUCCAAUGGCAGUGCUCGUUACAGAGAACUUGAGAGGGUGAACUUGGGCAGCAAUAGUAUACAGUCACUGGAUAAUUCAUCGUUUUCGUGUCUCGAAAAUGUUAAAUAUCUCUAUCUGGGAUACAAUGGAAUGAAGGUUCUUCCAAAUAAUACCUUCAGAAGUAUGAAGAAUUUAAAAGUUUUACAGAUGAGCCAUCAGGAACUGACAGAAAUUGACGAACUGGCGUUUUAUUCCGACUCUCUUUUGGACUUAGAUUUAUCUCACAAUUACAGGCUAUCUAGCAUAAUGUUUCCUGGGAAUCUUCCUUUUCAGUGGGUACCUAAGCUGUCCAAACUGAAUCUUCAAAACACCCACCUUGACAUGCUUCCCGCUAGUUCGUUGAGCGAAAUGUUUUCGCAGCUGAAAGCUGUUAAAAAAUUAGAUCUGCAAAACACUAAAUUAAAGGCACUCCCUGCCUCUUUGUCAGAGAUGCAUACACUAGAAGCAUUGAUUCUAGCGACAAAUCAUUUGGCUACGUGGAACAGCACAACAUUUGCUAAUCUGACGCACCUGAAAUACAUAAAUCUUAAUAAAAACGGAAUACGGCUUAUUAAUGAAACGUCCUUUCCUUUUGAAACGAGGGCAAGUCUCAAGACUGUUAACCUGGGCAACAACGACUUCCUUUGCACGUGCGAACUGCAGUGGUUUCGCACUUGGAUGACUGAAGUAAUAAAAAAUAAAACUGUUAAAUUUGUGAAGUAUCCAGAGAGCUAUUGGUGUGCGGCUCCAAAACCUCUUAGAUUGGAUAAGUACAACCCGACUUACGCCGAAUGCCACAAUUACCAGUCGAAUGCUUACAUCAUUGCAAGUGCAGUCAUCGGAUGCUUCGUGUUGCUAUUGGUUGUCGCGCUGGUGGUCGUGUACCGUUGUCGUUGGAGGCUCCGCUCUUACAUCUACUCGAAACCUCAGUACCAGCGUUUGUCGGGGAGAGAUGAACAGUUUGUCUAUGACGCCUUUGUGGUGUACUGCGAUACCGAUAGCACCUGGGUGAUCAAUGAAUUGGUACCAUUUCUUGAGACAGAUCACAACAUAAAGUUGUGUAUCCACCAGCGAGAUUUCCUCCCAGGUAGUCUGGUUGCCGACAAUAUAAGGAAUUUCAUGGUAAAAAGCAAGAAAGUGAUUCUGGUCGUGUCCAAUGAUUUUGCGAGAAGAGAGUGGUGUCAGUUUGAAACCAGGAUGGCGCUAAACAUGGAGAAAAAAGUGAUCGUCGUAGUUCGGGAAACUGUCUCUACACCAAAUGUAUUCAAACCUCUACGACCUUUGCUCGCCAAUCCCGGUCGCAUUCAGUGGCAAGACGGACAGGACGGAUGUAGGCGGCGUUUAUUACAUGAGAUGAAUAAGAACAGAUAAGGGACAGUUGUUCAAAAAGUUAGUUUACCUUAAAGGGACAUUCCUGAGUUUGCUGCAUUGUAAGAUGUUUCCGACUAAUAAAAUAGUUCUACGAUUAAACUUACAAUCAAAUAUAUUUUCUUGUUUUGAAUAUCAUUGUCUGUA